AUGGAGUCCACUGCCAAGUCCUCCCCGGUCGUGACGGGCUCGACCACCCGCGACAGAGAAGACGGAACAAAGUCCGAUGCAAAGCAAACGCCCCGCGAUGCCAGCGACGCCCUGGCAGAACUGGCGAAACAGAAUGUCGCCCCCUUCCUCGCAAAAUAUCACCCCCGACAAUAUGCGCCCCUACGAUCGGAAGAUGGAACAACCUCGGUGCCGCGCACAGUCAACGCAGGCUACUGCUAUCGCCACCAACCAGACUCCAAGUGCUCGCGACAGGCGGAUGAGCAGUCUAUGCACCAACUCCAGCGAGAAUUGGAAACGCUUCCCCAAGAUGAUCAGCAGGGCAUCGCCCACGUCUGGUCGCUCUUCUCUGCCGCCCCGGCUAAGCAGCGCAAGCUGAUGCUGCAAGGCAUCCUGGCUCAGUGCUGCUUCCCCCAACUGUCAUUUAUCUCCGCCAGUGUCCGUGAACUCAUUCGAAUCGACUUCCUCAGCGCUCUUCCCCCCGAGCUCUCCUUCAAAAUCCUCCGCUACCUCGACACUGCCUCCCUCUGCCGUGCUGCACAAGUGUCCCACCGAUGGAAGGCUCUCGCUGACGAUGACGUGGUGUGGCAUCGGAUGUGCGAACAACACAUUCGCCGGAAAUGCAACAAGUGUGGUUGGGGCUUGCCGCUGCUGGAUAGGAAACGGUUGCGGGAAGCGAAGCGCGAGAUCGAGCUGCGCGCGACCAACUGGGGCAAUCAGCCUUCUAACAACAUCCCGGACGGUGCGCCGAAUGGUACCUGCUCGGUAGUGGAGCUUCCUACCAGUGGAAAGCGCAAGCUCGAUGUGGAUGACCAAGGUUGCGCCAUGAUCAAACGUCAUUGUAUCUCGCCAGCCUACAAACCUGAGCCGGAUGACGAGUACUUCAAGACACGCUAUCGACCAUGGAAAGAUGUCUAUCGGGAUCGCUUCGUGGUCGGCAUGAACUGGAAGCACCGACGCUGCUCCGUCAAGGUUUUCCGAGGACACACCGACAGUGUGAUGUGCCUGCAGUUCGAAGACAACAUCCUGAUGACCGGCUCGUACGACGCGACAGUCAAGAUUUGGGACAUGGAGACUGGAGAAGAGUUGCGAACCCUCCGUGGACACACUGCCGGUGUGCGCUGUCUACAGUUUGACGAUACCAAACUAAUCACGGGAAGUCUGGAUCGCACCAUUAAAGUGUGGAAUUGGCGUACUGGGGAAUGCGUCUCGACACUCCCCGGACACUCUGAGGCGGUUAUCGCCCUCCACUUUGACGAUACUCUCCUUGCGUCUGCUUCAGUCGAUCGAACGGUCAAGAUCUGGAACUUCGCGGACAAGUCGGCAUUCGUCCUGCCCCAUCCGGAGGGUGUCAACGCUGUGAAGAUUGACACCGCUUCCCGUACCGUUCUGACUGCUUGUGACGACGGUGCCGCACGGCUGUGGGAUCUCGACACCAAGACUUGUAUCCGGGUCUUCCACAAUCACAUCGGUGCCGUGCAGCAAGUCAUUCCUCUACCGCGUGAAAUUGAAUUGGAGAGCCAUCUGGCGGAUUGCGAAACCGAUCACAUCAGCACAUCCUCCCAGAAUGGUGAUGCCGUUAAUAUUCUCUCGCCCAUUCUGGAACACAGGACUCUCUCCGCGCCCCCUUCUUCAUUCGGUGCCUCGUUCGAUCAAGACCAGGAUCGCUUGGAACCCCCACGCUACAUCAUGACAAGUGGCGUCGACGCGACUAUCCGUCUGUGGGAAACCAACACUGGCCGAUGCCUACGCACUUUCUUCGGGCAUCUGGAAGGUAUUUGGGCAUUGUCAGCGGAUACCCUGCGCAUUGCCUCGGGCGGAAUGGACCGCAUGGUCAAGAUUUGGGACCCUCGCAUCCCGACCUGUCAAGACACUUAUGAAGGCCAUUCCGCUGCCGUCAACUGCAUCGGGCUUAGUGACAGUCGCUUCAUCACUGGUGGUGACGAUUAUCAUGUCCGCAUGUACGAUUUCCGGGCAUGA